GGAAACACUUCACGACACAUCCUGUUUAAAAAUGGCUGCGCCCUGAUAAAUGUGACUUGGGCUAAGCAAGUGCAUCAAUGUAAACGUUUUCUAACUGAAGUCAUUUUUUGAGCGCACAGGAAUAAAUCCCAACAUGGUUCAUCUAUCAUCUAUUUUACUGAAAAAGUACCACGGUGGACAUGUCGCAAUUAGGCUGGCACUGGCUGGGCACAAACAGGUUAACCGACCGUUUUACCGCAUCGUGGCUGCUUACAACAAGCGGGCACGUGACAGCAAGUACAUAGAACAGUUGGGCACUUACGACCCCCUUCCGAACAUAUAUAACGAGAAACUGGUCAGUUUCAACUUUGACAGAAUCAAGUACUGGAUUGGGUGUGGUGCACAUCCAUCAAAGCCUGUGGCGAAACUGCUUGGGCUGGCAGGGUUUUUCCCUCUGCACCCCAUGACCGUGACUGAGGCAGAGCGCCGCCUGGCCCAGGCCCAGCUCACAGAGACCACAGAUGCAGCUGAGGGAGCAGAAAAGCAGCUGGAGCUCUGAGAGUCAUGUGGAAGAUGUGCGACUGACUGACCAACCAUCAGGCAUUAGAAGGGGAUCAGGUACAUUAAGACAUUGAUGACUUAGCCUCCCCUGCAAACUUAGACUGACUGGCUUCUUAUAUCAGCAACACGGAAAACAAGAUAUCUCAUAUUCCAUCAGAAUUGGUUGUGUGAAUAACCACUGGCAAAUAUUUGUGUAAUGUACUGUUAUUUGGUUUUAUUAAACAAGCAAACUGAAAACAUGUAAUCGUACAGUAUGUUAAUUUCAGCAAUGUUUCAUUGGGAUAAAGGCAUCUGCAAAAUGAACAUAUUUUUUUUUAUUUGAUUUAUUUAAUAGAAUUGUAAUUUCCUUGUCAGAUCAACAAAUUAAGCUUAACAAAUCUCUCUUGAUCAGUUUCUGAAGAGAAUCCUUGUCAUGAUGAACACUUCAAAUUCAAAUCUGAUAACUUGCAGUUCAGUCUCCUAAAUGCCCGGUUUCUGAAGUAGUAUUUUUGUAUUGACAUAACAUAAAAGGUCAUCACAGAUAAAUUAUUAAACCUAUUGACUAAGCCAUGUUCGUCAAACACUGUUGAAUUAUGAGGGAGAAAGGAAUUUUAAGAGGAUGGUUUGACGGAAAUAUUUCCUUAUUGAGUCAUUUUCCUUAGUUUCACCACAUGUUGAAAUGCCUAUUCAUAAACUUAGACUUUGAACAUUGUGAACAUAAUAAAAUGUUAACAAAUCAACCAAUAUGUGUGUACAUAAAACAACGUAUUAGUGGUCUACCUGUUCAUAAGCAAUGCUCUUCAGAAAAUAAUGCAUUGAUUGUUGUAGCAGUCCUUUGCUUCUUUCUUUUUAUGUUUACUGUGGCAUGUACAUGUGUUAGAGGUUGAGACCUAUGUUUCAAAUCAGUUGGUAUCGUGAAACAAUACACCUAAUAACAGUUGCAUAGGAGGAGACCAACAAGAGGAAUGUGUGUGUGUGUGUUGGUGGGAGGGGGGGGGGGUUAUAUUGAAGGAAUCACAGAAAAAAAGUCAUAUUUAUAGUCAUAUCUUUAUGGGUCCCAUGGACAGGAAUUAACAUUUGUGUUGAUCAUAAUGAAUGUAGGGUUAUAUGAUUAACAUAUUUACCUUCAACAUGUGUGGCUGCUUUUACAUGUGUGGUCUCGCUUUUAAACAAGUACAAGUACAAAGUUCACGUCCAAAGUUUGUGAAUACAAAAAGUCAAUCCAUGUUUGAUCCUUAAACUCAUCCCAAUAUAAAUCUCGGUCCAACACGAGAAAGAGUACCAAGGAGAAGAAAAAGGUUUUAAGAGAGAAUGUAUUUUCUCUUUUUUCAAACUUGUGUUAAAGCAAACAUAGGUGGGGAGUUCUGUGUACUGAACAAAGUUUUUUAUUUCAUUUGUCCUCAUCUUACUUCCUUUAACUACUGUUGAUUGGUUAUCAGUUCAGAGUAAGUUGCUGUCAAAUGAUGGUGUGUUCUCCUCCUUGAGUACACUCACAAUAGCACUCUUACUCAAGGUUAUUAGCUACUCACUAUGCACCUUCAUGUUGUAUUAUUAGUAUGUAUUGUAAAUAUUUUGAUACUACCAAAAUAGAAUGUUAUUUGACUAUUGAGAGAUUGUUUGUGUUUGUGUGCUAAUGCUGUACCAUAAGUUGUAUGGUACAUGAUUGUAACAGCAAAGUAACAAUCAUGUUCAACAAGCUUUUUGACGUGAAUUGUGAGCUGGAUUAAAUCAGGCAGCGAUUUGUGUCAAUAUUCUUGUCACACAUAAAUCCUCCCUAUAUUUACACUGUAUAGAUGCUGUAAUUAAACACCAGGGUGUAUGCGGAUA